AUACCUGUCUGUGUAUCUCUGAUCCCUCCUCUACCGACCCAUCCCCCUUUAUCCCCCUCCUACAUGGUCUAUUGAUGGUCGUCUGCAACCACAUCCUGAUCCUCACCCUGUUACCACCUCUACCACCCCGAGUCUGUCACACAAGCACACAUGUUCACGCACACACCCACACACACACACACACACACACACACACACACACACACACACACACACACACACACACACACACACACACACACACACACACACACACACACACACACACACACACACACACACACACACACACACAAACGCCCCUGAGCCCCUUUGUGUCUCUGGACCAGGUCUAGAGGAAUGUUGAGUGUCUCUGUUGCCUCCUCCCUGGAGAUUAGGCAUCACCAUGCGUGCCCCCCCCCCCCCUCUCCUCCUCAUUCCAAUCCAAAGUAUGCCCCUAAGAGCUGCUGCAUUUUUAUCUGAGCCGGGUGAUUGUGACAGAUUGGCCAAAUGACACACAUACACAGACACACAUUUGUGGGCACAAACAGAGGGGAGGCCGGUCCACCCGGGGAGGGACCAGACAGCUCUGGGCUAGGGGCUAUAAAACCCUUCCAGGAUAAGGCCGGUGUCCUGCCCUGAGCUGCACUGAAACUCCUUCCUCUGUGCCAGUACGCCGUCAGGACCGGCAGCAGACAAGCCUCCAACAUGAACGACAUCUACAAAGCAGCGGUUGAGCAGCUGACAGAUGAACAGAAAAAUGAGUUCAAGGCCGCCUUCGACAUCUUCGUACAAGACGCAGAGGACGGCUGCAUCAGCACCAAGGAGCUGGGGAAGGUGAUGAGGAUGCUGGGCCAGAACCCCACACCCGAGGAGCUGCAAGAGAUGAUUGAUGAGGUGGACGAGGACGGAAGCGGCACGGUGGACUUUGACGAGUUCCUUGUCAUGAUGGUGAGGUGCAUGAAGGACGACAGCAAAGGAAAGUCUGAGGAGGAACUGGCGGAGCUGUUUCGCAUGUUUGACAAGAAUGCAGAUGGUUACAUCGACCUGGAGGAGCUGAAAACAAUGCUGGAGUCUACAGGAGAGGCGAUAACUGAGGACGACAUCGAGGAGCUGAUGAAGGACGGAGACAAGAACAAUGACGGCAAAAUUGACUAUGAUGAGUUCUUGGAGUUCAUGAAAGGAGUGGAGUAAUCCUGAAUGAAAGAAGAUCCAGAGUUAUUUUUAUAUUUCUUUGUGGAAAACCAGAAGCAGACUUGAAUAAAAACAUUAGAGCGACUUUGCAAGAUUCAGUCAAAUACUGUAGCUGAAUAUUUCUGUAUUUUUCCACCAACUCUUGCAUUGUUGUAAAUACAGUUUGUAACUACUUUUAGUGCCCGAUGUAUAUUGAUUUUGUGUAAAUGUAUCCAAAAUACUUCAGAGGCCAUAUAGUAUAACAGUUUGCCUGCUGGUGUUAAGAAACUUUAUGUUUGUGUUCAGACUCAAUCUUAUCUCUGAGGAGCCAGAGACUCCAACAAGCCUCCUGAGAGGCUGACAUUGUUUGUGCAGAAAAUGUGUGUGUGUGUGUGUGUGUGUGUGUGUGCGCACACAAAGCACAACAAAAUCAUGAAUCUAAAAACUGUAAAGCUUUGAUAGGAUUAUACUUUUAAUGGAAUGCACUGCAACCAGACAGCAUACUGUACACGUUCUGCAUACAUGUGUGUGUUUAAAAUCCUCUCAGGACUCGGCUCCCCUCUUAUGUCCCUGGGGACAUUUUAUUCCUACAUGAAAAGUCUGCUUGGAAAGUAAUAAACAGGAGGCAUUUGUCA